CGAGUUCUGGAUCCAGAGUCUGAACAGAACCGGCCGUCCUGCAGCUGCUGGCGUGGCGGUCAGACGGUGACUUCCUGUCAUCCGUCCGUCUGUGACGAAGAGCAGCGCUCCACCUGCGGCUCUGCUCCAACAUCAAACACCUGCAGCUCUCCGCCUCAUCAGGGCUCUUUGUUCUGCAGGAGAUCCAAUCAGAGCUGCUGCUCUGGUUCCUGUUAUCACCGACCAGAACCGACCCGGGACCCGCCGGCCGGCCAAUCGGCUCCCAGCUGGAUUCUCCUCCUCCUCCUCUUCCUCUGCCUCCAGCCCUCAGUCCGACUCCAACCGUCCAGCUGCUCACACCAACCAAACAGCUCGACAGUGGCCAGUCAGAGCACCAGGUGUGAUCAGGUGAGGGUCGUCAUGACGAUGCUAUUCUCUGUCUUGAGGAUGCUGGACAAGUCUUCAAGUUUGACUCGUCCAAAAGAAAUCCUGAAGGAGACAAAGAGGACGAUCUACGGCAAACCUCCUCGACACCGGGUCGGAGCUGCUCAAAGUUUCUUCGUCAUGUCUGUGUUCGCGGCGGCCAUGUUGGCCCCAGCAGCCUGGAUCCUCCACCACCUGCCGGAGUACCGGGAGCGGGCCCAACAAGUCCCGCGGACCUAACAGUCCUCUUCCUGUUCUUAGUGUGAAACAGCUGAAUUUUUAUUAACCUUUGAUCUAGAAUUAAUGUGUCCUGAAACCAGUCAGGCUUUUAUUCUGAAAAAACAGCGUUUAAGAAAACUCAGGUGUGUUCAUGAUACUGAAUGUAUUAAAAAGUUUCAUCUUUCCUUGCAAAACUCACCUGUCCUCUUUUCAAAAUAAAAGCGUUCUG